AUGUUGAUGACGCAGGUCCGGCAUUGGGAUUUUUUUGUGCUGAGCAUUUUGGUGGUGAUGCAUUUGGCAAACUUCUCGACCACUGAUAAAAUGGCAAAACUUUUGGCUGGAAAGUUUGGCGUUAUUACUGUGAGCUUCAAGUCAUCACUAGGCUCGAAUGUUAAGCUGAGUGAUUUGUUUUCUUUUUUCAAAGGUGGUGGUAGUGGACUUGGACGUGCCAUCUGCAACCGCCUGGCCGAACACGGCGCGAAGCUUAUUGUCGUGGACAAAUUCCCGAAAUCUGCUGAGGAUGUUUGCGCUAAACUCCCAGCUCCUACUGAGGGGAAGCACGUUCCUUUCGUAUGUGACGUUGCACACAUGUCUGAAGUGAAGAAACUGUUCGAGUUUGCGUCCAAACAGCACAGCACUCCCCCGAAUGUGGUUGUCAAUUCGGCUGGUAUCAUCAGGGAUGCGGAGGUGCUGAAAAUGACCGAGGAACAAUGGGAUGAAGUGCUCAACAUCAAUCUGAGGGGAACCUUCCUGGUCACCCAAAUCUUCGCGCGAGCAGCUGUGGCAAGCAAUACUCCUCAGUCGAUUAUCAACAUCGCGUCGAUUAUCGGCAAAAUGGGUGCAGCUGAACGGGUGAACUACGCAGCUUCUAAGUCCGGCGUGAUUGGUUUCUCGAAAUCAACGGCAGCCGCAUUGGCUAGGACUAGUGUUCGUGUGAACUCUCUUCUUCCCGGUUACAUCAUCUCGCCUAUGACUGAUGGCAUCGAGGACAAGAGACUCGUUCUGAAUGAAUGUUUCGUUUUGAAUGAAUUCAAGGAAGUCAUGUUGUUCACAUACUCACCGUUUAUCACCUGCUCAUUUCAGUUGCUGAAAGCGGCUUGUGAAAAAAUUCCUAUGGGACGUAUGGGUAAGCCAGAAGAGAUCGCGGAUGCUGUACUGUACUUGGCAUCGGAUCUUUCGUCAUAUGUGACAGGUACAGCGUUGGAAGUGGCUGGUGGACUUGGCAUGUGA